AUGGCGAUAGAAGGAAAAGCAAAUAUAGAUACCUUGCUGAUUGCAGCCGAGGUUAUUGAGCGUGACCAUGUUAAAAGUGUUCAUUUUCAAACCAAAGACCCAUUAUUUCAACGUGAUUCAUUAAUUCAAACUCCAAAAAGGAGGUUCUCAACCGCGUAUGCAACGCCAAUCACUCCAAACCUAGAUUUUCACUCUGCGUCUGUCUCUCCGUCUGCAUCUCUGACUUCUAGUAGACGCAAUUGGCUAACCACUGAUCUUAUAAACUCUACCACCGCAGCUUCCCAGCUUCCACAACCGUCGCAAGCAGGCAACUUUCCCAACGUCUCUGGCCUUGUUACCCUCGCAGAUCUCAAAAAUGUCCUCUCUGCAGCAGCAGCUGCUGCCACCACUCCUAUCUCCAAUACUUCCCGGUUGACCCUUGAUGGCAACAGUGAAGGAAACAACUCCAAUACUAACACUGGCUCAAGUAAGCACUCUCUCUCUCUCCCCUUCUUUGCUCUCUUUCAACUGUGUGUGGCAGUACCCAGGAGUGUUUUCUUUAUGUGUAUACCUGAUUUUUGA